UUCCUUUCAGAGCAUCAGCAGACGGGAGCAAGGAAGAGACAAAUGUUGGCCACCAGAGCGCUUCGCCUUGUGGGCAAACGUGCCAUUUCCACAUCUGUCUGUGUACGUGGAGGACAUGGUGUUGCCAAGGUAGAGGAUUACACUCUCCCUGCCUACUUUGACAGGCGGGAGAAUCCCCUCCCGGAUAUCUGCUAUGUGCAGAACCUGAGUCCAGAGCAGGCGUCCCUAAAGGAGAAGGAGAAGGGCUCCUGGGCUGCUCUCUCCAAUGAGGAGAAGAUUGCAUUGUACCGCAUCAGCUUCAAACAGAGCUUUGCUGAGAUGAACCAUGGAACAUCAGAGUGGAAGUCUGUGGUUGGAGGGAUGCUUUUCUUUAUUGGCUUCACUGGCCUGGUUGUGCUCUGGCAGAGAAAGUAUGUGUACGGACCCGUCCCGCACACAUUUGAAGCCGAAUACAAAGAGAAGGAGCUGCAGAGGAUGUUGGACAUGAGAAUUAACCCAGUGGAGGGCUUCUCGGCCAAAUGGGACUACGAGAACAAGCAAUGGAAAAAGUAAAGAACCCAGAGGACCAUGACACAUACUUGAAGAUAAAAGCAGACCAACUCAAAGAUACAAGAAUACCUAUAUUUCUGUAUUUAUCCAUUGUCCACAUUACCUCAGUCUGUGCAUUUUGGAAGACCACUUCCUCUUAAGGUCAUUGUGUAUUAUAGAAAUGAGAAUAAAAAUGGUUAAACUGA